GGAAGACAGGAGGAAGGAGGAAGGAGCUAAGGAAGGAUGAGAGAGGCGGCCAGGGCCCCGGCCCGAAGCAGCGCGGGGCCGGGGGACCAAGGGGGCUGAGGCACCCCAAUCCCCCCACCCCCUGCCUCCCUCCAUCCUUUCCUUCCAUCCUUCUGCUUGAGGAAGGGGGUUUAUUUAAAUUUUAUUUAAAUCCCUAUCUCUGGAGGGUCGCGCGCUGGGGGGAGGGGGGAGAAGGCGGGGACACGCGCAGGCUGGGGGGGCGGGGCCCGAGCUGAUUCCUUCACACCCCCCCCCUCCACUCGCCGUGUAGCCGUAGAGCAGGGGUCGCAGCCCAGAGGCAGGCCCAGGGGAGGGGGGCAGGUUACAGAGACCCCCCCCUCCCCGGGAACCGGCGGUGGGCGGGGCUUGAACCCCGGAAACGGUGGGGGGGCCCAGGCCUGGUCCUGGACCCCUGGGUAGUGGGGGUCGGGUAGAGGCCAGUUAAAGGGUCGGGGCGCUGGGGAGAGGUGAGGCGGGGUGGGGGGAGGGGAGCUGGGACUUAGACCCGGGACUGAGUGGGGCCCGGGCAGAAGCUGAGCACACUGCGCCCGAGGAGCCCCCGUUGGCCAGGGGGGGGCUGAGGGACUGAGCCCCCCAGAGCAGGACCUCCCCCUGGAAGGGCCGCGCCGCAGCCCGUGGGAGGGCCUCGCCCCCGGCAAUCCUCAUCUCCACUCGCUGCCGUCCCGGCCUCCGCCGGAGGGAGGGGCCGAGCGCCCUCGGGGGGCCGUGGACCCCUGCGUUCAGAGCGUUCCGCGCCCCGCGCCGCCCGGCCCCCCCGCCGCCGAUGGCCGCCGACCCGCCGGGAGCUGCCGAGAAGGGAGAGAUGGCUCCCGGGACACGUGUGAGCCCUCGGCGUUGCUGACGCCCCCAAUGUCGUCGAGCAGCCGGGGACCGGGGGCCGGAGCGCGCCGACGCCGAACCCGCUGCCGCCGCUGCCGGGCCUGUGUGCGAACUGAGUGCGGGGACUGCCACUUCUGCCGAGACAUGAAGAAGUUCGGGGGGCCCGGGCGCAUGAAGCAGUCAUGCCUGCUCCGGCAGUGCACAGCCCCUGUGCUCCCACACACAGCCGUGUGCCUCUUGUGUGGGGAGGCUGGGAAGGAGGACACAGUGGAAGGAGAGGAAGAGAAGUUUGGUUUGAGCCUCAUGGAGUGUACAAUCUGCAAUGAGAUCGUCCACCCCGGCUGCCUAAAGAUGGGGAAGGCUGAGGGUGUCAUCAACGCAGAAAUCCCUAACUGCUGGGAGUGCCCUCGCUGCACCCAGGAAGGCCGGACCAACAAGGACUCAGGUGAGGGACAAGGCCGGCGCAGGGCCGACAACGGAGAGGAGGGCGCCAGCCUGGGGAGCGGGUGGAAGCUGACAGAGGAGCUGCCGCUUCCCCCACCCCCGCCCAGGCGCAAGGGCCUCCUGCCUGCUGGGCCCCCGCCAGAGGACGUGCCUGGGCUCCCCAAAAGAAAGGAGAGGGAGGCAGGGAAUGAGCCCCCCACUCCAAGGAAAAAGGUGAAAGGAGGCCGUGAGAGGCACCUGAAGAAGGUGGGUGGAGACGCCUGCCUCCUCCGAGGAUCGGACCCAGGCGGCCCAGGCCUUCUGCCCCCCAGGGUUCUGAAUCCGAGCCAGGCUUUCUCGUCCUGCUACCCUGGGCUCCCUCCCGAGAACUGGGAGAAACCAAAGCCACCUCUGGCCUCUGCCGAGGGCCCCGCAGUGCCAUCCCCGUCACCACAGAGGGAGAAGCUAGAGCGUUUCAAGCGGAUGUGCCAGCUGCUGGAGCGCGUGCCUGAUACCUCCUCGUCCUCCUCAGACUCGGACUCAGACUCCGACUCAUCAGGCACAUCGCUGAGUGAGGAUGAGGCCCCCGGCGAGGCCCGGAAUGGGCGACGGCCAACCCGGGGCAGCUCAGGCGAGAAGGAGAACCGUGGGGGGCGGCGGGCUGUACGCCCUGGCAGUGGGGGGCCCCUCCUCAGUUGGCCCCUGGGACCCGCCCCACCGCCCCGGCCCCCACAGCUGGAGCGGCAUGUGGUACGGCCCCCACCUCGAAGCCCUGAGCCCGACACGCUGCCUUUGGCCGCCGGAUCCGACCACCCCCUGCCCCGAGCCGCCUGGCUCCGCGUCUUCCAGCACCUUGGGCCCCGGGAGCUGUGCAUCUGCAUGCGAGUCUGCCGGACCUGGAGCCGCUGGUGCUAUGACAAGCGUCUGUGGCCCCGAAUGGACUUGAGCCGGCGGAAGUCACUGACCCCGCCCAUGCUGAGCGGUGUGGUUCGACGCCAGCCCCGAGCCCUGGACCUCAGCUGGACAGGUGUCUCCAAGAAGCAGCUCAUGUGGCUUCUGAACCGACUGCAAGGCCUGCAGGAGCUGGUGCUGUCCGGCUGCUCCUGGCUCUCUGUCUCGGCCCUGGGCUCAGCCCCACUGCCUGCUCUGCGGCUCCUGGACCUGCGCUGGGUCGAGGAUGUGAAAGACUCCCAGCUCCGUGAGCUGCUGCUGCCGCCACCAGACACCAGACCAGGGCAAACGGAGAGCCGUGGACGGCUGCAAGGGGUAGCAGAGCUGCGCCUGGCAGGCCUGGAGCUGACUGAUGCCUCCCUGCGGCUCCUGCUGCGCCAUGCGCCCCAGUUGAGCGCCCUGGACCUCAGCCACUGCGCCCAUGUCGGGGACCCCAGCGUCCAUCUCCUCACAGCCCCCACCUCCCCCCUCCGAGAGACCCUGGUGCAUCUCAAUCUUGCUGGUUGCCACCGCCUCACUGACCACUGCCUUCCGCUGUUCCGCCGCUGCCCGCGCCUUCGCCGUCUAGAUCUGCGCUCCUGCCGCCAACUCUCACCUGAAGCUUGUGCCCGGUUGGCAGCCGCCGGGCCCCCCGGCCCCUUCCGCUGCCCAGAGGAGAAGCUGCUUCUCAAGGACAGCUAGUUGGGUGCCCCCCACCCUCCCCCAGGACUUUUCCGGAGCCUGGACCUCGGGCCUUCGUUUCACCCCUGCCAGGGGCCAGGUUACCCACCUCAUGACUUGGGAUUCCUGCCCAGGGACUCGAGCCAGCCUCCCUACUCUCUACCCCCUGCACUGAUAUUUCUGGGGGUCUGUCCUUUCCAUCCCCUCCCCCGUCCACCUGCUUCCUUGUCCAUUUCCUGGGGGGAGUGGGCCAGAGGUACUGGGGGUGCUGAGCCAAAGGGAUGGUAGGAGGGGGCUAAGGUGCAAGUUUGAGGGAGGGAGAAUGGGGGAGGAUAUCUGCACACCGGAUGCUGGGAGCCAGGGGCUGGGGGAGGUGGAGAAUGGGCUGGGGGAGGGGAGCAGAAAGCAGACCACCAGGGGUGCAGGGAACAGACCAGAUACUUGGGAGUUGGGGGGUGGGGGGGGCCAAAAAGGGAAACCAGAGGAGCAAUUGGGGAUCCAGGUGUCAGAAGUGGGGGUACUUGGGGGAAACGGGGAAAACCAGGGCUGAGAGGGGUGGGGGGGGGGCAAGAGCAGGUAUGGGGGCAGUAGUACCCCCUCGGGGUCACCCCUCUCCUUAAUCUCUCCCCAGAUUUCAGUUCCUUCCCCCAACCCUGACUCCUUGAACGUCACUGACAAUGGCAGCUAUUGCUAGGAGUGGGGGCCUGCUGGCCUACCCGCUGGUUCAGCGUGGCCCAGGGGAGUGGUGAGGGGUACCCCAGCCCCCUACCUGCCUCCCCGCUCAAUACUUGAACAUUCACCUGUACUGAAGUGUUACUUGAACCUGGGGAACCUUGGACCUGGGGGAGCCGGAGUGUGAGGGGCCAGGACCAGCUUGGACUGAGACUGGACUGGUGGACACCCCAUUUGGACUGCACCACUCCCAGGCUCUCUCGCUUUACUGUAUUGAGCAGCUCCACCCCUCCUGGCCUGAGGUGGGGUGGGGUGGGGUGCCAGCCCAACGAUGGGGAUGAUGGGACUCCCCCAACUUGGCUCUUCCUACUCUUUCAUCAUCGUGGAAACUUGUAUCCCAUUUGCCCAGGGAACUGCCACUCCUGGUUGCCAUGGAAAUAGCAGCCAAUGGACACGUCCCAAAGCCAGUGCUAAGGCUGGAAAUGGCCCCUCGUGGUUGCCAUGGGAACUUAGUAACACUCUUGGCUCCCCCCUGCCCCUUGCUCUGGUAUGGGGCGGGGUUUGGGAAGCCAGGGCCCGUCCCUCAGCCCAAGCCAGGGUGGGAGCUGGGUUCUACCAUGUAGGGGAGGGGGGAAAUCUAUCCACAUACCUCAGGUAACAGGGAGGUGCGCGGGUGGGGGGAGGGACUGGGCGGACCAAAGGCCGAGGGGAGGGGGUCCCGGGGAUCGCGAAAGGCUUGAGGAUGGGGCCGCUUGAGGGAGGGAGAGGAGGCAGCCCGGCGGGGGACAAAUGGGGAACCCAGCCGGGCUGGGCCCCGGAUCUGUACAAUAAGGUUUGCUAUAAAACUCAAAAUCUUCCAGCUGGG